GAUGGAAACGUGGAGAUGAGGGGAGUGCAGAAGUACCAAGUCAGACACACUCCCUAUACCAUGGGAUACUACAAGAGGAGAGUGCAAUGGCAUAAUGAAGGCGGUCUCCAUGUUACUCUGUGGUCUAAUAGAAAUCAUCUCAGGAGUGAAAUGGGGGAAGACACACCAGAUCGAACCCUGGGGAGCUGGUUCAAGGUCACAGUUCCCUGUGGAAGAAAGUAUGACAAGACAUGGCUAAUGGAUUCAAUCCAGAGCCAUUGCAGUGUCCCCUUCACUCCAGUGGAUUUUCACUAUGUGAAAAAGAAGGCUCGGUUCUUUGUCCAGGAUGCUAGUGCUGCCUCUGCAUUGAUGGAUGUCAGCUACAAGAUUUGUGAUGAGGAGAACAAAAAGAUAGCUGUCUUUGUCAAUACUUCUGCUGAACCUUACUCUGUGCGGGAUAAGUUGGAGCCGGAAAUAAUGGAACAGCUAAAGCUGACCAUGAUCAAAAGAUAUGAUAUCUCUCAGAAAGCUCUUGACCUCCAGAGUCUCCGCUAUGACCCAGAUUUGGUGGGAUAUGAUAUUGACAUAAUUCUGAAUAGAAGAAACUGCAUGACUGCCACCCUGCAAAUCAUCAAAAAGAAUUUCCCUGAGCUGUUGUCCUUGAACUUGCACAGCAACAGACUGUACCAGCUGGAUGGCCUUUCUGAUAUUAUACAGAUGGCCCCCACAGUCAAGAUUCUGAACCUCUCCAAAAAUGAGCUGAAAUCUACCUGGGAGUUGUGCAAGAUCAAAGGACUGAAGCUGGAACAGCUGUGGCUGGAAGAUAACCCCUUGUGCCACACCUUCCCAGACCAGUCCACUUACAUAAGUGCCAUCAAGAAAUGUUUCCCCAAGUUAUUACGCUUGGAUGGCCAGGAUUUAGUUCCACCAACUACCACUGCCAUUGACAAACCCCACCUAAUGAAGCCCUUAGUAAAGGAUGGCCAGGAUUUAGUUCCACCAACUACGGCUGCCAUUGAUGGACCCCACCUAAUGAAGCCCUUAGUAAAGGAAAACUUUGAAGAAUCUGAUGUUCUGAGGACUCAAGUCCUGCAAUUUGUGCAGCAAUAUUACUUCAUCUAUGACUAUGGAGACAGACAGAGUCUCCUCAGUGCUUAUCAUGAUGAGGCCUGCUUCUCCCUGACCAUUCCCUUCAUUCCAGACAACGCAGGCCCAAGCAGCUUGUUUGAGUACUUCAAGGAUAACAGGAAUGUGAAGAACAUCAAGGACCCCACCCUGCAUUUUCAGCUGUUGAAACAUACAAAAGGUGACAUUGUGAGCACCCUCUGUGUUUUGCCCAAAACUCAGCAUGACCUCAGCUCCUUCGUGGUGAACAUGAGGUUCCACUCGGAAAGCCUGUUCUUCUUCCGUGUCAAUGGGAUGUUCAAGGAAGUGGAAGGAAGAUCUCAGGGUUCUGUGCGUGCCUUCACCCGGACCUUCAUUGCUACCCCUGCCAGCGAUUCCAACCUGUGUAUCAUAAAUGAUGAACUGUUUGUGAGGGAUGCUACCCCUAAGAAGACUCAGAGUGUGUUGUCCACCCAUGUGCCCACACCCUCCUGCAGCACUGGGAUCACUCUGUCUCAGGAGCAGCAGGAAAUGGUGCAGGUUCCCUCCACCCCAUCUGAGAUGAGCUUCUAA